UUAAAACAAUUAAAAAAACGGAAGAGAAAAAAAAACAAAAACAAAAACAAAAAAAAAUGAGCUCCUUCACCACCAAAACUCCGCCACCUUAUCUACGCCGGCCAAAUCACCAUCGCCGCGUAAACCCACUAUACCCUGUCAUUUGCUGCGUCAGAGAAUCCCAACAAGACAGCUUUACUCGCCGGAGAACCCUGUCAACGCUUAUAACACUCACGGCCAUCGUCCCCACGUCAUCAGCAUUAGCACAGGAGAAAUGGGGGACGAGGUCAUUCAUAAAGGAGAAAUACUUUCAGCCAGGGUUAUCGCCGGAGGACGCUGCGGCUCGUAUAAAACAGACGGCUGAAGGAUUAAAAGACAUGAGGGAGAUGUUGGACCAUAUGUCGUGGAGGUACGUCAUCUUUUACUUACGAUUAAAACAGGCUUAUCUGUCUCAGGAUCUGACCAACGCCAUGAACAUCUUGCCGGAGAGUCGCCGGAAUGAUUACGUUCUAGCCGCAAACCAACUAGUGGAAAACAUGAGUGAGUUGGACUUUUACGUACGGACGCCAAAGGUUUACGAGUCGUAUCUCUACUACGAGAAGACAUUGAAAUCGAUAGACGACGUGGUGGAGCUUCUUGCUUAAUUGUAUUUGUGUAAUUGUGUUGUAUAUGAUAUAUAUCUCUCUUCACAUGAAAUCUCUGUACUCAUUACAUUAUGUUAUGUCACAUUACAUCUUAUAUAAUGUGAAGAAAUUCAAGAA